CCCGGUUGGACUUCUCCGCUUCGUCCAUUCCAUCAUGUUGUUCCGCGCUGCGGUCCGCCAGUCCGCGCCCUUGAGGCGUUCGGCCUUCACUCCCCUUGCCCGUCGCUCCGUCACCACCGACGCCGCCUCGUCGCAUGCUGAAAAUGUCCCCCAGGAGGAGGACAAGCCCUUCACCGUCCGCCUCUCCGAUGAGAGCUUCGAGACCUACGAGAUCGACCCGCCUCCGUACACCUUGGAGAUCACCAAGAAGGAGCUGAAGGAUAUGUACUACAACAUGGUCUCGAUGAGACGCAUGGAGAUGGCCGCCGACCGUCUCUACAAGGAGAAGAAGAUCAGAGGUUUCUGCCAUCUGUCCACCGGUCAGGAAGCUGUCGCCACCGGUAUCGAACACGCCAUCACCCGCGACGACAAGGUCAUCACCGCCUACCGUUGCCACGGUUUCGCCCUGAUGCGCGGUGCUAGCGUCCGCUCCAUCAUCGGUGAGCUGCUCGGUCGCCGUGAGGGUAUCGCCUACGGCAAGGGUGGUUCCAUGCACAUGUUCACCCACAACUUCUUCGGCGGUAACGGUAUCGUCGGUGCCCAGGUCCCCGUCGGUGCUGGUCUCGCUUUCGCCCAGCAGUACAACGGAGAGAAGACCACCAGCAUUGCCCUGUACGGUGACGGUGCCUCCAACCAGGGUCAGGUCUUCGAGGCCUUCAACAUGGCCAAGCUGUGGAACCUCCCCGUCCUGUUCGGUUGUGAGAACAACAAGUACGGCAUGGGUACCUCCGCCGCUCGCUCCUCCGCCUUGACCGAGUACUACAAGCGUGGUCAGUACAUCCCCGGUAUCAAGGUCAACGGCAUGGACGUCCUGGCCACCAAGGCCGCCGUCAAGUACGGUAAGGACUACGCCGUCGCCGGCAACGGUCCCCUCGUCUUCGAGUACGUCACCUACCGUUACGGCGGUCACUCCAUGUCCGACCCCGGUACCACCUACCGUAGCCGUGAGGAGAUCCAGCGCAUGCGCAGCACCAACGACCCCAUCGCCGGUCUCAAGCAGAAGAUCCUCGACUGGAACGUCUGCACCGAGGACGAGCUCAAGACCCUCGACAAGACCGCCCGUGCCCACGUCGACUCCGAGGUCGCCAUCGCCGAGGCCAUGCCCGCCCCCGAGGCCAACUCCCGUAUCCUCUACGAGGACAUCUACGUCCGUGGCUCCGAGCCCAAGUGGAUGCGUGGCCGCACCGUCGACGAGACCUUCUACUACUAGAAGAAUUACUUUUUUUGAUUCCCCUCAUCAUCGACACCGCGGAACGGAAUGCGAAGCGACGCGAAGAAGAAGAAAAUCAGCAAGGGGGUCGGAUCGGGUUGGGUUGGGGUUCUGGAGUGGUGUGGUUAUAGGUCAUCCUUUAUGACAAAAGUUUAGACCGAUUGGAUUGGCAACGCUCCUAUGCAAGCACACCUAUCCAUACCAUGGAACGUUUACUAUGUAAUUUAGCCGGGAAUUUCUGUUUUUGCAUCUCUCUCUCUCUCUAUCUCCCCUACACAGCAUUAGGAAUAUAUACCUACGUUAUUGGAGGUGGUGACUAUCCUAUACCGUUUCUAGUUUCUGUUCGUAUAGUACCGUGAAUGAAUGGGA